CAAGUGUAAUGGGUUCGUUUAUCAUAAAAACUACAAGUACUAGGUACUAUAAAUAGUUAGGACAGUUUAUUUUGCUUCAGAACAAUGUCAACCAUGUUCCGAUUAGUACUUCUCCUAACCGCAGUCACCUUAGCAGCGGGUGCAAAACUACAGAACGCCACACCUCCGAGACUUGAUGGAAAAAUCGUUGGUGGUAAACCGGUCAAGAUUGAGGACUAUCCAUAUCAAGUAUCUUUGCAAUAUUACGGCAGUCAUAUUUGCGGGGGCUCCAUCAUUGGACCAAACAAAGUACUUACUGCGGCCCACUGCACCAGCGGCUCAUCUGCUAGCUCAUUAUCAAUUCGUCACUCCAGCACCUACAAAGGUUCUGAAGGUGUCGUGAUUAAGGUGGCCAGUAUUGCACAGAACCCAGCCUAUAAUCCAUCUACAAUUAGUGAUGACGUCACCGUAUUAACUCUGGCUGAACCCAUCAAGGAUUCGGAUAUCGGCAAACCGAUCGCAAUGGUAGAAGCCAACGCAACAGAAGGUGAUCGUGAAGCAGUGUGCACAGGAUGGGGAACCCUGUCAUCUGGAGGAUCCUCUCCUCGACAACUACAAGCCGUUGACGUUAAAGAAGUGGACAGGAAAGAAUGCAAUGAAAGCUACGGUGGUGACAUUACCGACACCAUGAUCUGCUUUGGAAGCCCAGGAAAAGACUCUUGCCAGGGAGAUUCCGGUGGCCCACUCGUAGUUGGUGAGAAACAGGUUGGAAUCGUCUCAUGGGGCUACGGAUGCGCUCAUCCAGAAUAUCCUGGGGUAUACGCCCAUGUUGCUUCUCUCAGAACAUUCAUCGACAAAAACUUGUAACAUGUACACAACCGUUUAAAUACUAAUAAAUGCGAAAUUUUCUAA